ACAAGUUUCAUAAGGGCUACGGAAGCGACGGUGAGGACUGUUUUUCUGUCAUUCACUAGUUUUACAAUGACCAGUUCGGGAUUGCGCAACUUUAAUUGUAAUGCGCGUCCGUGAUGCAACGACUCGCGUGUUUGGCUGCACGUCGGGAACUCGCAUCUCUUGCCAUUCGGUGGAAUAGGAAUAUUUUGUAUCCUAAACACGAGACCCUUUGCCAACCGUGGUGGCAUCAGCGCGCGCGCGCUCAUGCCAUCUGCGUGACCUCUCCAGAGCGCGCAUGGCAUCACCUGCGCAGACGGUGUGCGCAGUUCAGCGGUCAGCAGCGCAGAUAUAAUAGUAAAGAUGCAGACAAGAAGGACUCUGGGCGUCCUGUCAUCACCGUGGUGGGCACACCAGACCCCAUCCUGUGGAUCAGGAAUAAAGUCAUCUUAUUUUUAACCGAACUGUACUUUGGCUUGAAGUUCAAUGUGGAGUUUGACAAUGGUGUGAAACAGGCUGCGGUUCAUGUGUCUGACUUGCUGUCCAAAGGCAACUUUGAGGAGUUGAGGAGUGUGAUGUCCAGAGAGGCUGUGGAGAAUAUCAGAAAGAAGUGUAGAGCACUUUCAGAGACCCAAAAAAGACAGCUUGCCAUUUCUCUUGACGACAUUAUAUUUGUUCUGCCUGAGGAUGUGUCUGUAUUCUUUGACCAGAGAGGCAGAAAGUUCAUCUACAUCACGAUGAGACUCUGGUAUCUGUCCAGCGCAGAUGUACCUGAGGAUCCUGACGGGACCCGCAUCUUCAAGAUAGAUUUAACUGCAGAACAAGAACCUCAGAAGAUCAUCACAGCUGUGUAUGAGUUUUAUCAGGAGUUGAGCGCUGGAGGGAAUCCGGAGUGGACGGUGACCCGAUUAUGGCACUGGAAACAACUGGAGUAAACUAAAGACGCAACAAAACUGACUUUACAGAAUAAAAUGGUGGUCAUUAAUGGUG